CAUAAAAGGAAAAGCGCAAAAGCAUAAAAUUGUUGUUUCCUUAGCUUGGACUUUCUUCUUCUUCUUAGCAACGUUGCCAGCUAAGUUUAUUUGUUGCAAUAGUAACGAGAAGAGCACAGUGUUGUGUGGUGGGUGGGAACGAAGAACGUACAACGUAAAGUGCAAAGAAAAGUUUAGUAAAGCCUUUUACGAUUUGUACGAUAGAUAAAAAUUUAUGCGCACGUACGAUUUUGUGGAACGUGUUCACCAUUUCAUUGACAGACAUUAAAUCGACACAAAACUAUGGCAUACAACGAGCAGUGCUCGGAACUACUCACUCAUCGUCCUCAUAGCACACAACGUAGAAGGAACGUGUACAGCAUGCGCACUACAUGGACCAUGUCGCUGCUGCUGUUGGCUGUCUUCUUACUGUCAGUACAUUCCACAGCUGGUAAUUCGGAUUGGAUGCAGAAUUGCGGAGCUUGCCAUUGUAAUUGGAAUUCAGGCAAAAAGACAGCUGAUUGCAAGAACCGAGCCCUCGCCACCAUACCAGAUGAUCUUAGCAAUGAGAUGCAGGUCAUUGAUCUGUCCAAUAAUUUAAUACCGGAAUUACGACGGGAACAGUUUAUUGAAUCAAAUUUACGAAACUUGCACAAAUUAUUUUUACGCAAUUGCACCAUACAAGAGCUCAAUCGAGAUGCACUUAAAGGACUGCCAAUACUUAUCGAACUGGAUAUGUCUCACAAUUUUAUACGCGAACUGCAUUCAGGUAUCUUUAAUGAACUGAUUAAGCUUAGGAGUGUUGUUAUGAAUUACAAUGAAAUCGAGGUGCUCGAAAAUUAUCUCUUCGUCGAUUUACAAUUUCUCUCGCGUGUAGAAUUCAAAAAUAAUCGCUUAAAACGCAUCGAGAUACAUGCUUUUGGUCUGCUACCCACACUUUCCAGUGUUUAUUUAGAGUCAAACUCUUUGACGGUGCUACCGAAAGAAAUUUUUACGCGUGCGACUAAACUAAUGCAUCUCUCACUAGCACAAAAUCCAUGGAAUUGUACCUGUGAAUUGAGGGAAUUUCGUGAUUUUGUUGUAGAUCUUCGUUUGUAUACGCCACCCACAGACUGUGCUGAACCACGUCAAUUGCGUGGCAAACUAUGGAGAGAUAUACCAUCGGAAAAUUUUGCCUGUCAACCACGCAUUAUUGGUUCUGUACGUUCAUUUGUUGAAGCACAAUCUGAUAAUGUUACACUUCCAUGUCGUAUUAAGGGGACACCACGUCCAAAUGUUACUUGGAUUUACAAUAAGCGCCAAAUCAAUCCAAACGAUCAUCGUAUCAAAAUACUCAACUCAGUUGAAGAGACUCGCUUGGAUAUGAUGCAGAAUGAAAAUGUUAAUGUGCUAACCUCAGAAUUGCGUAUUUUCGGUGUGCGUGCUAGCGACAAAGGUGCUUACACUUGUAUAGCUGAUAACCGUGGUGGGAAAGCAGAGGCGGAAUUUCAAUUACUUGUCAACGGUGAAUAUUUCGGUGCUAUUGAUGGUACGUCUGGUGGUGCUUUAGGUACUUCAACCACUGACACGCACUCCAAUGUGCUGCUUAUAAUUUGCCUAAUUGCUAUUACCUUGCUAUUGCUGCUCAUCAUUGUGGUCUUAGUUAUAUGCUGGUAUUGUAGGCGUAUCAAAACCUAUCAAAAGGACAACACAAUGAUGAGCGAAAAUGGCUUAAUCUCCACGAAAAUGGAAAAAGCACACAACGGCUCAAUGCUUGAAGGAUCUGUAAUUAUGGAAAUGCAGAAGAGUUUGUUAACUGAAGUUAAUCCUGUCGAAAAGCCGCCACGCCGUACUGAAUUGGAAAGUAUCGAUGGCAAUGACGAUGGUCAUGAAAUAAAGAAGACACUUUUAGAUGAAACACCAUUUGGCAAUCACCCCCGUGACGAUGAAACCCAUUCAGUUGCGAUGUCCGACACAAUAGUACCACGUACAAGGCACACUUACAUUGAAGAUACAUAUGGCACCAGUCUGCCGCCUGAUUUACUCGCUUUCCCCGCACGUGUGCCACCCACAUCCCCAUCAAUGCAGUCUUCACAGUCCAAUAUACCGGAGCAGGUGAUAUAUGGCAUACGUUCACCGCCACUAGCCAGUCCUGUCUACGCACACAUGACGCCACAUGGCAUCUAUGGCACCACAACAAUAGCUGCCGCCACACCCAACGGUUUCAUGACACUACAGCAUCCCAAAUCACGUAAUCUAGCACUAAUUGCAGCAGCCAAUAGUCGUCAACAACAAUCGCCAUUCGUGCCCGCACCUGUUGUCUAUUCACCAGCAACAGCUGUGGUCAUGAAACAGGGUUAUAUGACAAUUCCACGCAAACCGCGUGUACCUAGCUGGGCACCUUCAACAAGCAUAACACACCCAAAUCAAUUGAGUGAAUUUCAAUCACCCACAUCACCAAAUCCAAGCGAAUCUGGUACAGCAACUACAGCUGAACUACAAUCAGAACCCGUUUAUGAUAAUCUUGGACUACGCACCACCGCUGGCGGUAAUUCGACAUUGAAUCUGCAUAAACCUCAAGCCGAACAAGCAACACGGUAUACAAUGCGCGAUCGUCCGCUACCAGCCACACCAAGUCUCACUUCUGUGGCAUCCAGUAUCAAUAUGCCACUGCAACAACAACAACAGCAGCAACAACAACAGCAAAAUCAACAGUUACAGCAACAAUUGCAACAACAAACACCCACAGUAUCAAAAAUAUAUGAACCCAUACAUGAAUUGAUCAAUCAACAACAUCACCCGACCACAACUUCCGAUACCGAACCACUUUAUGGCACCGCCAGACAUCAUAGCGGUCUAACAAUUGUACCAAGCAUACUUAGUGGUAACAAUGUCAGUAGUGGUAGUAAUCCAAUUGCCGUUAAUGGCAUGGAAAACAAAGCUGCGAAGAUACCACCGCGUCCACCACCGAAACCUAAGAAGAAGAUGUCGGUUACAGCGACGCGUGGUGGUCAGGGUAGCACAAGUCAACUAUUCGACGACGAAGGCGAAGAUGGCACUGAGGUUUAGGCAGUUUGACUGCAACCACCGCUUAUUAACGUGCACCAACCGCACGGCAAACUUUUCAGCUGCCUUCCUAAAUAACUUCUUCCUUCGUUAUUCGUACAAUGUUCCAGCCGAGUUUCUUUUCAUCUUACCGCUAGUAUCGUCUUCUUCCCUUCUUUUAAGUCUGCACUUUUUCACUGCUAAAUUCAAUUCGAAAUUCCAAAACUCAUGGGUGGGAGUAUUUCGCAUUGUUGUCGAAAACACUACCACCUGAGUGAGAAGUAAUGGAAAAAAGUUUUGAAGUUUUGAAACCGCGGCGUUGGUAAAGCUACAGCAUUAAAGGGAAAAAGUAAGUGAAAGUAGGAGAAAGAAAAACGUAUAACAUAAAAAAAAAACGUAACCGAAAACACGAAAACAGAUUUGAGAAAAACUAAUGGAAAACUUGCGGUGCCACAGUGCAAAUUGUUGAAAGGAUUUUUAGUUAACUUUUUUUUUGUUUUUUGGGGGUUUUGUCCUUGUAUUUCCACAUCGGUUUGUUGCAUAUUUUAAGUGGUUUUCCACACCGGAAGUUUGUACUUGUAAAAAUUUUUCACCGGUUUGCAUAUGGCAGGAGCUAGUUUAUGGUUUUCAUUUAUUUUAUUAUAUUUUUCUACACCUUUAGCAGGAAAUUUAAUUUACUGUUUUGGGUCAAA